CACCACUAGCCCAUGUGGAGAACAAGUGAACAAUAUUACAGCUCCAUCCGCCAUGGACCAGCAGGUGAAACAAACCCUGGGGGCUGCAGCCAUGGAGCUAGGGUCACUGGUUGGCAACAUUGUCCCCACAACAUCAUCAUGCCCUUUUCAACCAACCAACAAUAACGCCAAUACCCAACAUGUGGCACAGUCAUCCUCCCAGGCAGUAGCAGGUCUGGCAUCCACUGAGAACAAGACUGGUGAAGUUGCUUCACAAGUUAAACCUGGCUCAGCAGAGAUAUUGGCCAGCAGCAGGUGCGAGGCCAGUAUUUCUGGACAGGCCUGUAGUCCCCAGCAUUACACACCCACCAGCCAGGAGGGGGGGUGUGCCUGUGCGAUGCCCACAGAGAUGCCCUGCUACCCCAGAUUUCCCCAGAAUUACCCGACAUACCCUCCACCACCACCCUACCUCCCAGGCUUUCAUCCUUAUUAUUUGGACCUCAUGUCUGGCCAAUAUGUCCAGCUGUCCUGCAAAUGCCAGCGAUAUGGCAGAGUGGUAAUUCGUCCCCCUGGUCAGCCAGUGCUGCCCCAGUGCCACCAUGCCGCUCCACUGCCAGUGCCACAGUGCACUCACCAGCACCUCAGCCCUUCUGCAAGCUGCAUUCAAGUGGCUCCAACCAUGGGGCCCUCCUGCCCCUAUGGAGCGCAGAGCCCUUUCUCACAGUGCAUCCCUGUGCCUGUCCUCGCCAACCACUUUGGCUCCCUUUAUUACAGGCCCAAGCAGAGACCCAGGAUGGCCACAGGUGUGCCUGGCAGCAGGAGCGAGUGCCUACCCACAUCCAGACGUCUCAACUGCACUUCCUGCAGCUCUAGCUAUGGGCCAGAGCCCGCCACCCAGGCCUCCUAUCAUGGUGGACAUCGAGGACAGUGUGGGGGUGACGUCAACCAUGGACCAGUCCCUGCCGGUGCACUAAGGUCCCUGUAUACCCCUGUGCCGUGCCCCUUUGGACUGCAGAGAAGGGAUGCCCCGGCUCAGCGACCAUGCAGCGCCCCGACUAGGAGGGUUGUUCCAUUGACCACGCAGAACCAGAAUAGCCCGUUCCCAUCCUCAUAAGGGACAGAAUGCCCAGACAGACUGAACGCAAAGUCCUACAACUUUAUCAUCGUUUUUUAUGAUCAAUAAAGUAUUUUGCAGAUUC